UGCUACACGCACAUUUAUCAUAGUUGGUGUUGUUGGCCAAUUUUUCCAAUUAAAAAAAUAUUAAUAUUGUAGAAGUAGGUCAAGUAAAAAGUGAACAUCCAACCUAAACUCUCUGACACAAAAUUGCCUCCCACAGGUUUCGAACUAGGGUUUCACUUCACUCUUAACCAAACACUGCUACUCAAUUUCUCACCCUAUUCUUUUCCCGGAUUUUGAUCCCUCCAAUUUUCUCGUCGUAAAUUCGCCGGGAAUUUCAAAUGUCGCCGGCGACUCCUUUUCAAGUCGCCUCCCUUAUUAACCCACCGUCGUUUCCGAACUCCGUCGUUUGGUCCGACGAUAACUUAAUCGCCGUCGCUACUGGCGACAUUGUCACUAUCCUGAAUCCAGAACAUCCUCAAAGUCCUCGAGGUGUGAUCACACUUACUCCUGGAAAACCUUUUCCAAUUGGUGUUAUUGAUAAAGCAGAUUUGCUCUCUGGUUGCUUAUUACCCACUUGUUUAUCACGAGAUCGUCAACCUUGUGUUCGAUCACUUUCAUGGUCGCCUGUUGGAUUCACUCGUCACAAUGGAUGCUUGCUUGCUGUUUGCUCUGCUGAAGGGCUUGUGAAGGUGUACCGCCAACCAUAUUGUGAGUUCCAAGCUGAUUGGAUAGAGGUAAUGGACAUCUCAGACAUGAUGCAUGCAUAUUUUGCUAAGAUCAAUUAUGGGGAGCCUGAAGCUCCCUCAUCGGCCGUGUUUGAUGAUUCAGCUGGUCGAACAAGAGUUGAAAAAACUACUGCUGCUGAUCAAACAAAUUUCAGUUUAAGAAGCCACCAUAAAAGAAAAAGGGAUCAUGCAGUGAAAGCUGUGGCAGAGUCGGUCAUUUUUCGAAGUUCAGAUUUGGAAGAGAAUUCCUCGGUGGAGGUCUUCAAAAUGGAUGGUGAACAGAAUGUCUGGGUUGUUGGCACGUUGCAGCGUUUAGAAGGUCCAAUGGCCCUUGUCCAGUUUCAUGAAACUAAUACAAGUGGAGAACCAGAGUGGCUCAGGGUGGAUAAUGAAAGCAAUCUUCCCACCAACCAACCCAAUGAUCCGGGCGUACCUACAACUAAUGGGAACUGCGGUUUCCCUAAAGUUCGUCCUUUGAUUAAUGUGGGUCGUCUUUCUGAACAAAUAUUAUUGGCCGAUCAUAGUCAAGGUGAAAUUUUAAAAGCUGGGCAACCGGUUGAAGCCUGGAGUAGAGAUAGGUGGGUUGGAGGAGUUUUUGUGGAUUUCUCUAAUAAAGGCUUACUGGUCAAAUUUAGUGGAGAUGCUGAAGCUGUGGCAUUAAAUCCUAGUGACGUUAGGUUAGCACCCAUGUGGAUUGCAGAAGAAAAAUCAUGGAAGGUUACUGUUGUCCAGUUACAUGUGCAGGAUUCAUCAGAGGUGGUGGUGAAGGGAAGUGGCUAUGGGAAAGUAAACACCUCUUCUGAAAAUGUUUCUGUAGCCAAAGAUGGAAUGACUUCCUCUAAAAAGACUCCAAAUGACCAUUCUAAUUGUCGUUUGACUGCUCAUCAAUAUGCUUCACGCUCUUCAAUGCUGGCAUCGCUUGUUGUUGCAUGGUCUCCGCAGCUGCAUUUGUCUGCAACAGAUCCCGAGAAUAUUUGUGAUUGCUCCUGUUUAUUAGCUGUUGGAACUAAGUCUGGAGGUAUUUCAAUCUGGAGGAUUCAUAGAUCAGCAUACUACUCUGUUGAGCAUAGUUAUAGUAAUGAUCCGAUAAACAUGGAUUUUAUGGGAGUCAUUCAGGCUCAUGAUGCAUGGGUCACUGCCUUGAGUUGGGGCUUUCUUGUCUCUGAUUCAAAUUCGCAGGUUCUAUUGGCUUCUGGUUGUUGUGAUGGCAGUGUAAAAAUCUGGAGUGCACGUGUCUGUGAUAUCAUAAAGUUGUCCGAAACUGACCAGACUCCCUUCUCUCUAAUUAAUGAGGUUACCUCUGGUGAUAAUGUACUAGUGUCAGUAAUUUCUCUGUAUGUUCCAGUUCAAUCUCCAAGGAAGAUUCUGUUAGCUGUCGGAAAAGGAUCGGGGUCAUUAGAAGUAUGGACAUGUAAUACAAAGGCCAAGAGAACAAUUAAAGUUGGAUCAUAUGGUGCUCAUGUCCAAGCUGUCACAGGUUUAGCUUGGGCUUUUGAUGGACACUGUUUAUAUAGUUGCAGUCAGGAUAAUUCAAUGCGUGGAUGGGUAUAUCAUAAGGGCUCUCUGUCUGAAGUAUCUGUUCCACCAAACAAUCUUGGAAUCAGAAGCUCCUCUGAUCAUCCUUCUGUUUCAGACUCGUGCUAUGGAGUGGCAAUUUCCCCUGGAAAUUUAGCUCUUGCUGUGGCACGCAGGUUUGAUGCUGGACAGUUAGAUCAUAUGUACCAGAAAAGGACCCAGAGGGCCGGGGUUGAAUUCUUCUGGGUUGGAGGGCAACAUAUCGAUAUUCCGUCAACUGCAAAUUUAGAGCUUGAUGUUGAAGGUAUCCCUGGUUUUUCCAAAGAAGAGCUAGGAUAUUGGGGAUCCAAGCUGCUGUGGUCUUUAAAACAGUAUGAGUGUCAUACAAAACAUCUGGUUAUUUGGGAUAUUGUAGCUGCUUUGUCAGCUUUCAAGCCAUUUGCAACUAGAUUUAUCAAGCACAUAAUUUUGAGGUGGCUGGAGUUAAUAUUCGAGGAUUAUUUGGAUCCUUCUAUCAACGAUAUCUUGUUAGAAGUGCCUGAAUAUAUGUUGAACAUCAGUUCUCGGCAGUUGCACCUGCUCAACAUUUUAUGUAGAUGUGUUAUACCAUUAAUUGAUUUUGAGGCUGUCAAAGUUUGUGCCAAACCAGCUAACUUAGCCGAUAUAUAUGGGGAAAAGCAACUGUGGAUGGACAUAAUGUUUAACAGUGAGAAAGAACUCAGAGAGAGGCUCGUGGGUUUGAGUUUAUCGACUGUUUAUGGCAAUAUAUCUGAUCAGACCUUGAAAGCAGAGACUGAAUUGUGGAAUCCUGUUGGAAUCACUCAAAUGGUGAAGUGGGUCACGCAAAAUCGAGAUCGCGUGAGUCGUCAAUUAAGUCUUCUUGUAUCUGAAAUUGAAGGGCUUGGAGCAAGGCUGCAAAGCAUGUAUGAUUACAACGCAGAAGAAGAGCAGUGUAGCUUCUGUUCAGCUACUGUUCCUUUCGAUUCUCCAGAUUUUGCAUCCUGCAAAGGCAUAAAAUCUAGUGAUCAGGAAUCCCCUCAACAGCAUAAACUCACUCGUUGUGCCGUCUCUAUGAAGGUUUGCCCUCUUACUACUUUAUGGUUUUGCGUGUGCUGUCGGAGACGUGCUUCAAAUUUGCCACCUCUCCAAUUAUUUACCAUGAAGGAUCAUCCCCCUGACAUUUUGUCGUUCGUUAAACCUUUGAUAACUAAUCUGUUACCUAAUCCCUUAUGUCCCUUCUGUGGGAUAUCUCUACAAAGACCACAGCCAGACUUUCUACUAUCUAUAUCACCUGUAUAGCAUAACUUUAUUACUACCAGUCUCUGUACAAUGCCACAUUUGUUGUAAUGAUAAGUUGAUAACAGUUCAUUUCAUAAGUGGUUUCUGCUAUUCUGGUAGUGAUGUUUCUAUGACGAAUAAGAUAGACUGGUUAGCUGAAAAUAGGUCUCCAUCUAGUGAGACUGGAAUAUCUAGUGUAAAUGUGUAAUAUUGUAAUGUUGGUUCAGAACAAGAAAUGCCAUAAUGUAUAUUAUCAAUAUUGUUUUACCAUUGAAUUUGUUAUGCUA